AUCUACUUCCCUCAACAACAGUGGAGAUCACUGCGCAGCCCCACACAUCCGACAUCCGAAGCGUUGUUUCUUCGUUCGUUCCUUCGUUCGUUCUUUCCAGCUGACAAAACACAAUCGUCACGGAAACAAAAAAGGGGAGAAUCCCGUUGUCAUUUACAGCACAAAUCAGUGUGCGCACACAACACAACAUCACACCUCAUACCGCAGCACAGCAAACAUGGCUCUCGAACUAAAAGAAAAGGGCAACCAGCUCUUUAAAGAAGGCGAUUACAAUGGCGCCGAGGAGAUGUAUUCACAAGCAAUCCUCAAGAAUCCCAAAGAACCCACUUUUUUCUCCAACCGCGCCCUGACCCGCAUCCGACUCGAAAACUGGGCCGGAGUCGAGCACGACGCUCGCGCCGCCAUCGAUCUCUACGGCGCCAAAUCCCCCACCAGUUUGAAAUCCUCCUGGUACCUGGCACAAGCGCUGUUGGGCCUGCAACGGCCUCAGGAAGCAUACGACGUAGCCAUUGAGGCGUAUAAGGCGAGUCUGGCGGCGAAGAACAUCCAGACGGAGAAUUUGUCGCGGACGGUGUUGCGCGCUAAGCAGGCGAUUUGGGCGGCCAAGGAGACGGCGCGGAUAAGGGAGUUGGAUGAGACGUUGGCGAGUGUGGAGGGGCUGAUUGAGGCGGAGGUGGAGAGGGGAGUGUCGGAGUUGAAGGCGCGGUUGGAGAAGGGGGAGAUUGGGGAUAUUGGGUUUAGGGAGGAUGAGAGGGAGAUUAGAGAGGAUGCUGAACGAAAGGUGCAGAGGGUGAGGGAGGUGUUUGGGAUUGCGUCGGAGGGGAAGGUGGUUGAGAGGGUUGUACCUGAUUAUCUGGUGGACGGAAUUACAUUUGAGAUUAUGCAUGACCCUGUUAUUACGCCUUCUGGGACCAGCUUUGACCGGGUCGGCAUCACCAAGUACGUGGAGCAGGCCAAGGUUGAUCCUAUCACGCGGGUGCCGAUGACGGUGAACGAUCUUCGGCCGAAUUAUGCGUUGAAGGCGGCGUGCGAGGAAUUUCUGGAUAAGAAUGGGUGGGCGGUGGAUUGGUAAUUGAUUGCACAAAUAGUAUGAUUAGCAUGGCGUUGGUAGUAGACUACUUGAUACCAUUAACAGGAC